AUGAGAAUACCGUUAAGGAAAAGAUUACCAGAAGGAUUUCCCGCCCUUCGAACAUGUGGCGGCUUUGAGCUAAUGCAGUGCAGUCCGAACUGUAGGGACUUAACUCGAAUUACUUGUGCAUGGAACGCAAAGGACCUCAGAGCCAAUCUGGGAGGUGGACAAGGCAAAUUGUAUCUGGUACCUAUACAGAAAUCCCUUUCUACGAGACCCCUUGCACUAAAGGGCGCUGAAUCUGCACUUAAAGAAAAAUGUAACAAAUGCAAGAAAGAGAUUUUGGUUCGUGAACUAAGAAAGCAUCUAUGGGAUUGUGAAGAUGCAGAAGAUGAGAUCGAUGAUUCAACCCUGCACACUUCUGUGUUUGAAACACGACCAACAACUCUUGGGUCCUCAACAACUACAACAGCUGUUUCAAGCCAUGUAGUUUUGGAAAGCACCCAGGGGAAUCUCACCACUUCUGCUGUUGAUUCCCUGGUUUCCCACAGCCCUUCAGUUGUAGAGAGAAGUUCUACUGCCAUGAAUCCAGAUCCAGCUAACCCUCCAUCUUUUAAUUCAAGUGGAGAAGACUCUAGUAUUGACACACCCUUAACCAUGGCAGAAAUGUCAGUGGAUGAAGUGGUCAAUAAAACUGUCCAUUAUUGCCAGACACAUGAUGUCCACAAUCCAGUAGAGAUCUUACGGUGUUUUCAACGAAACAUAGUCACUGGAAGAGAGCUAGAAGUUGAAAGUGCACAUGAACCAACAGAAGGAGAAACCAAUUAUAUUAUGGUUGAUCGUUCAAACCUACUUCAAUCAUCAUUUGAUGAGUUAAGUUGUCUGCAAGACUACAGAAAGACCUUAGAAGUGCAAUUUUAUGAAGAGGUACUACUCUUGCGACAUUAUUUGAUAUAGGAAACAGUUUUAUUUAUGCCAUAACUGUGUCAACAACAGAAUUUUUGAAUCUGAUUAGUUCUCAACUGCCCUUAGAUAUUGCUUAAUUUGGCUGAUGUAGCACCAGAACUGUCCAGCUUUGCCUGUCCGUUUAGAAGAUCUAUGUAAUCAGACAGGUGAAGUUGGACAGUUUAACAGCCAAUGAAAAUCAAGCAUCAAUUAUUGUUGCUACCCUGUAGGGUUUAUCAACCUGAAUUAGUCCAGUCAGCAAUUCAAUUUUUUUGACAAAUUUUUUUUAUGUUAAAAAAUUUAUUCAAAAAAGUUGAUGCACUUUAAGCUCUGUGCUCCAUAUUCUGAUAGUUUGUGCAAAAGUUGAAACGAAGCUGUGUCAAAGCUGUAAGCUAAUGUAUAAGAACUUUGGACUUUUAAUGUUCAAAUCCUGAGAUUCUCGCUUUUUGUUGUUGACACAAUUAUUUUGUAUUUAUUGUUAAUUCAUAGAGGAAUUCCUGUCAUAAUUCAGGGUGUUCAGGAUUGUGAUGUCAAAUGUUGAAAGCCACUAGGACCUGAUUGCUGAUUGCUCCAUGGAUAGUACCCCACUCAUUCAUAUUACCAUCACUGCAUGUAUAUUUUUUUUACCUUUUCUUAGUAACAGGUAAUAAGCAUUUCAUUUUUGUCAAGCUGUCCGUUAUCAAAAUCAUAUCAUUCUAUAUUUUACUGAAAUAAGUGCCACAGCACAGCUUUGUCAAUAUUAUCAAUUUGGAGUGACUCAUUUGGGAGCAGGGUUUAUUGGAGUAAACUCCAUACUCAGAUUAACAAUUAGUUCAUGCGUCAGCGUGCGUAUGUCGAGAUAUUGAGCACGCGGGAAGUUUGGAGAGCACCAAAGAGGCGUAAGAGUUGCACGAGGCGCAGCCGAGUGCAACUCUAGCCUCUUGAGUGCUCUCCAAACUUCCCAAGUGCUCAAUAACUCGACAUACGCACAGCUGCAGCAUGAACUAAUUGUUUUAUAACAUCAUCAAAGCGAUCAAUGCAUCAGUUAACUUAUAAUUUUAUUAUUGUAGGGUGCGCUCAAAGCAGUACGCGUCAAUGUUUACGUGACUAUAUAUUUUUUUCCUCACAGUUAAUCUUAUGUUUUUAUCCUGAAACUGAGAGAAAGUGUACUCUAAAAUGAUUAUAAAAUCCAUAUUUAGGUGCUGGAAAACUAUUAAUUUACCGAAAAAUUGUUAUUGAGAGAAAACAAGUUUGCAAAGAAUGAACUCACGCCAUAGCCCGCACAGCUCGCGGAGAUGACAACAACAACAACAACAACACUCACCUCUUUUCCUCUUUUCCGGUUAACAAAUUCAAACGUUUCCUCUUAAAUUUCCUUAUAAAACACAUCGUAAACGCUUCCUUGUCUAUUGCUGAGUUAUGGAUGCACUCAGGAGACUCAGGAUUGCUAAGCUCACAACCACUCGAGGAAUUACGAAUAGUUUAUUGACGUCAUCAGCGUGCUCAUUAGGAAUAUGAAGCACGCUCGCGCUAUUGAAUUUGAUUAGGCGAAUUUUCUAGCUAUGUUAUAAACAGUUUUUAAUAGUUGUAAUUGGUGGUUAAAUGUUUGGUUUCAUAUGAUAAUGUGGUUUUUGGUGUUGAUCUUUUUGGUACCACCAGGAAGCCCAAGACUAUGGUGGUCCCCGUAAGGAAUUCUUUCGUCUGGUGUUAAUGGAAAUUAAAAGUACCUAUUUUGAUCAUGGAUUGCGAGAACUGAUGAGAGAGAAUUACACCUUGAUUGGGGUUAUCUAUGGUAGGUAACAAGCAAGUGUAAUUAGCAUGUAAAUUUGUAAAAUGUAUGUGGGUGUAUGUAUGGACACAAUGCCCAAAAUCAAUUGAUUAAUUAGCAUCUAAUUCUUACAAAAGGACUCAGUAUCAUCCAGAAUGGCAAGAUAUCUACUUUUAUGACUGAAGAAAUGAUACAGAGCAUCUUUAGCACAAGUGAACUUACACCUUGUCUGGCAGAAUUACGAGAUGGAUUAACGAAAGUUGGUAUUUAUCAGGUAGGGACACAAAACCACACAUGCUUUCAGCAUUAAUUUUCAGGGGUCUUUCCUCAUGUAACUUCACUUCUGGCGAUUAUUGUUCUGCGCGUUAUAGUAUUACAUAGAGUGUUAAUAGAAGACAACAAACAUGAGCCAUAGAAAAGGUUUCUCAAAAACUUAUUUAUGAAACAAUAGAUCAAAAUUGUAGAAGGCUUUUUUAUUGUUAUCAGCAAAACGUAGACUAUCCCUUAUCAGACAGUCAAUCACACAGUCAUACCAAGGCUGAACUCUGGCAGUGUUGCUCCUGGGUGACUGUAAAAUCUUAGUUUUCUUGUAGAAAUCAUAUGACACACACCCUGGAUAGCACUGGUUAAGAGCAUUGGUGAACUUUCUUCAGUUUUUUUAGAGCACAGCGUGUAGAUGAACAUACCCCGGUACUAGACUAUUUCAUCCAUGUAAAAAUUUCCAAACUUACAUUUGUUUUGUGGGCAUGAUUCAGUUCUUUAGUAUUUUUAUCUUAACAGCUUGGAUGCCAGCUUCCCCUGUUUUUGCACCUGUUGAGACCUAGCCAAGCAGCAACUCUUAAUGUGAGAAAAGUCAUUCAUUUUUUGAAACCUGAAUUCAGUGAAGAAGGAUCAAACAACAGAAAAGUUGAAAAUUCUGUUUAUUCUCAGUUUCUGAAAUACUUGAGAGAGGUUGGAAGUAAGUUUAUUUGACAUUUAAUAUGAACAAUCUUUCACAUUCACACAUAAUGCAUCUUGCUAAUAAAAAUAUCUCUCUGUGUGGAGGCAACAUCAUGUAACACAAGAGCUGUCUCACCUAACACCUGUUGAUAACACAAAAGCCAUGAAAUGUACUUGUCAUCUUCUGUUGCAUGUUACUAUUAUUUUUAUUUAUUUCUAAGUACCCUGCCAAAAAUCUACAUAGAAUCGUAACUAAGGAAUAGGAAGAACUGCUUAUAUCUUUAUCUAAGAUUAACAAGGAUCAAACUGGAUCUGACUAAAUAUGACUUAAACCAGGUAUUGAAAAUUGUUUUUGACUAUCUAGAAUGGAUUUAUCAUGUAAAGGCUGUAGAUCUUACUUGUACGGUAUCUAUUUACAAUAUUAUACCAUAUUCCGGUAGGUUUUUUGAAGCAACUAUAUUCAAAUGAUUGGACUAAAACAGUUGGUCAUGUUUCUUUGACCUACAGGUGGGAGAAGAGCUGGUUUAAGCCUUGGCCACAUCCUGCAGUUUACAACAGGUGCAGACAAUGAACCUGCCUUGGGUUUUCGAAUUCAGCCAAGCCUUGCAUUUGUAGAAGCAACAACUUCGUUCCUUCCCUCAGCCAAUACUUGCAUUUGCCGUUUGACUCUGCCACGGCCAUCUGCCAAUCAUUCCCUUCCGACAGAAAAACAGUUAUAUAACUUGUAUGACCUAGCAUUUUCAAAUGCUUACUUUGGUCAUGCUUAA